GUUAAUUUAAAUAAAACCAAAAUUGAAACCAAUAAACAAUAAAAUGUUUAUAACAAGGCUAAGACCUUCACUCACUUCUAAGCAAAUAGAUAAUGACAAUCGUAUACUCAUUAAAGUUUUCACAUUAAUUGUGUUAUGCAUUACAUUCAGUCAAUGCUUACCAAUCACUUCCAGACGAACAAGAAAUGUUCAAUCAGAUGUCGGCGCUAUGCUAUAUCUGCAAAAGUUUGGGUAUAUGAAUGAGUCGGCCGCCGCUAACCUGGUCUCCGAGCAAACCUAUUCCGAUGCCGUCAUUGAAUUUCAACGCUUCGCUGGACUCAACCAAACAGGGAUACUGAAUGACGAGACCAUAGUGAUGAUGAACUCUCCCCGAUGUGGUAAUAAAGACAAAGUCGGACACAGCGAAGACGCCAAACGAAGGAAACGCUAUGCACUGCAAGGAUCUAAAUGGCGGCGAACGGACUUAACGUAUAGGAUAUCACAAUAUCCGACAAAAUUUCAAAAUAAAAAGGCUGAGAUCGACAAAGAAAUAGCGAAAGCAUUUAAGCAUUGGUCAGAAGUGACACCCCUUUCAUUCGAGGCUAAAAAGGAGGGGAGGGUUCACAUCGACAUCAGAUUUGUGAGCGCAGAGCACGGGGAUGGCGACCCGUUUGACGGUCCGGGUAAUACGUUAGCGCACGCAUACUUCCCACAGUAUGGCGGGGACGCACACUUCGACAAUGAAGAGUAUUGGACUAUAUCCUCAUAUGCCGGCACAAAUGUCUUCCAAGUGGCGGCCCAUGAAUUGGGACACUCGUUAGGGUUGGGUCACAGCAGUGUUAGGGACUCAUUGAUGGCUCCCUUUUACCAGAAAUAUAAACCAAAGUUCAAACUACAUCAGGACGAUAUACUCGCCAUCCAAGCCCUAUAUGGUGUCCGACACACUGCCAGUGAUCCGGCAGACAAACCGGAAAAGCCUAAACCCUUAGACCCAGACCCGAGUGCUGACGGACCAGAUCUAUGUCAGGACAGUAGCAUCGAUGCGGUCACUCGUAUUAGCGACGGCACGACAUUUGUAUUCAAAGGCAAUCAUUACUGGAAAGUCGAGACAAACGGUUUGGCCGACGGAUACCCGCGAAAGAUCUCAAGUGAUUGGGACGGACUGCCCGGCAAUUUGGAUGCUGUGCUCACGUGGGCUGACGGCAAGACAUUCUUCUUUAAGGGCGAUAAGUAUUGGAGAUUCAAGAAUAUGCGAAUGGAUAAGGGAUACCCUAAACCUAUUAGCACUGGCUUUGCAGGCAUUCCUGACAAAAUUGAUGCCGCAUUCGUAUGGAGUGGUAAUGGAAAGUCCUAUUUCUUCAAAGGCAACGAAUACUGGAGGUUUGACAGCAAGAAUGACCCCCCGGUUAGCAAACAAUACCCCAAACCCAUCAAGAAUUGGAACGGUUUGCCCAAUAAUAUCGACGGCGCCUUCAAAUGGGAGAACGGAAUGUCAUAUUUCUUCAAAGGAUCUCAAUAUUUCCGCUUCAAUGACGUCGACUUUGAGGUGGACACAAAAGCUAAGCCCCCGUUCCCACGACAGACUGCCCAGUGGUGGUUUGACUGUCAGGCCGCUAGUCGUAAGCACAAGAGGAAGGAUUUGCGGACCCGAAGCGGUAGUCUUGUGAAAGACGACUCGCACUCCGUGUUUGUGGGGAACGGCGACAGCAAUGACAUGGACUACAUGGCCGACAGCCAGAGACCCACAACGGCGGCUCCAAUGGACGCACAUAUACUAAGGGUAGACAAAGACGAUAAGGAGUGGCGAAUGCACGGCCGGCCCGAUCGCGACGAGGCGGCGGCCUUCGAGUCCGGGACAACCUCUUUGAGUUCAUUCAGCUGUAAGACUAACCCAAUACUAAUGCUUUCAUUUCUAUUGAUUUCAAUUUUCAAACAUGUAUUUUAUGGGUCAGCUUCUGGUGAUAGACUAUGAUUUGGUUCAUUAAUUAAAUUACAAAUACAUUAAAACUGUGUUUAAUUUGUUGUCAAUUAAACGGACGAAUAAUUAGACGAAUUGUGGCUUCAAUGCGAUAUUUGUUUUGAAUGCAAUCACUAAUAAUAUGCUGUAUUUAAUUCAAUAAUAUACAAUACUAUUUGCAAUCAUAUUUGUGAACUCAACCAACGAAACACACA